AUGACGUCACAUUCAACUUCCGGCUUAUAUUUAGUGUCCUUAGUGACGACAGCAGUAUUGUUUCUGAACAACAUUUCAGCUGGUCAGAAAUAUCUGAAGCGACCACACCAACCACAGCAGCACCACAAACUUCUACCCAACAACAACGACAACGGCGAUAGACACCAGACGACGUCAGCCGCAGACGAUCUAAUAAUAGCUCAACCCACCACCUCUGCAUGUCUGACCCCGAAUGACCUUGACUGCCCAGAGGUCAAGGGCACGGACGAUAUUCUGGUGGCCACAACGAGACCACGUGAUAUGAGCAGCAGCGAGAUCCGGGAGUCCCUAUUUUCAUCUACAACAUCGUCAUCCAGCCGCCAAAGACAUCCACACAACAGCAACGACAACGACAAUAAUGAUGACGUCACAACUUCCGGCGAUGCACCGGAAAUAGAUACCACACCCUGUUCCUUAGCGGAUGACGAAGAUUGCGUCAAUUUCGCCUCUGGCGAAAUUGACACUGACCUCGAAGCCGACCCGGCUACUGCCAACUCAACUUCCGGUUUUUCGAAGUCAUCAUCACGUGAUAAUGACGUCGACAAUGAUGAUGAUGAUGAUGAUAGGAACAAAACUGGCAAGAAAAAAUCGUCAUCAUCACCAUCGUCGUCAUCGUCAUCUUCAAACAUCAAACUUCAGACUUAUAAUAAUAUUGGUAACGAUGACGAUGAUGACGGUGGAGGUGAUGAUGACGAUAACGAUGUGGGAGUUGAUGGUAAAAAUGAUGAUGAUAAUGAUGAUGAUGAUGACAUCAGGGGCGGUGAUGAUGAUGAUGUCGGCAAAAGAAAGAAUGCGAAUAAAGGUAAGGUGCACAAAGGGGGUCUUGCAAAAGGCAGCACCACUCAAAGACCUGUGACUAAAAAUGGUGAUGACGACGACGACGAUGAUGAUGGAAAUGCUGAUAAUAAUGAUAAUAAUGGUGAUGAUGAUGAUAUCAGUGAAAGUGCUGGCGGCCAUGAUGACGAUGAUGAUGAUGACGGUGCGGUCGUGAAACUAUCAUCAUCAUCAAAACUUAACACCACAGCUCAGCAUAAAAAACCAAAACAUCAAAAACAACAACAACAGCUACAACAACAACAACAUUACCAUAACGGCACUAGCAACGUAUAUGAGAUGUACAAACAAAACAACAACAACAACAUAAACAACAACAACAACAACAACAUGAGCGUAAACCGAUCGUUCGAAAAACUGACGAUAAAUAUUGGUUUAAUUCUCGGUAUCGCGUUCGGUAUUGCGGUACUGCUACUGGUAUUAGCUCUCGCAUUAUUCAAAUACAAAAAUCAGCUGACCGGACAAGGCAAUGAUAAAUUGGUCGAUGACGUCAUAAUCAACAAAAGCAGCGUAAAUAAAAAGAAUAAUAACAACAAAAAUAAGAAGGACAGCAAAAAGACCGGCGGUCCGUACGGAUACGAACCGUGCAAAGUCUCAUCGUCACCGUUCAAAGUCGACGUCUCGGAACUCUGCUUGGAUUCAAGAUAA